CUUUUUUAUUGGCGGACGAACGAACCUCAAAGGGUUCCCCCCAAUCUGUAUUAAACAUUUCUCUCCCUCUUCUGAAAGCCAAAAGAAUAAUCGAUUGCUCUCUCUCUCUAUAGCUGUUUGGAAGCUCCUGCUUGAUCUAAUCACCAUGGAAGAUGAGAUUGAACUGAAGACCGCACCAGCUGAUUUUCGUUUCCCCACAACAAACCAAUCCAGGCACUGUUUCACGCGCUACAUUGAGUUUCACAGGUGCUUGGCAGCAAAAGGUGAAGAGUCCAAUGAAUGCGGAAAAUUUGCCAAAUACUAUCGUUCCCUUUGCCCAGGCGAAUGGGUUGAGAGGUGGAACGAGCAGAGGGAGAACGGGACUUUCCCAGGACCUCUUUAAUUCAAGAUCAUCUCUUUGAAAGACUCUGGCAUGGAAACUUCAAAUAGAAUCCAUCUUUUGUUUGAAGGUUAGUGGAUUAAUAAGGCACCAACAGAGAUUCCUCAUCCUGAACAUGUUUACUCUGUUAUUGCAUUUGAACAAGUUGUUGGGGAAAAGAUUGAAAGUAGCUUGGUUUGUUGUUACUCUUCUAAAUUAUUCUCAGUUUUUAAUUCAUUAUUUUAGUGCUGCCUACAAAAGCCCUAAUCACUUCCUGUUUGGAAGAAGGGACUGCACUAUUUGUCA